UAUUCUCUCUGUGUCCAUGUUUCCAAAGACAAAUCUUUUGUCUCCACUUCUGAGUAUUACUACUAAUGUGCAUUUGACACAGUCGCUCCGAGAUUAACAGAAGACGAACAAACUUCAUCUGCACUCUAAGCAGAUUUGAUGCACUUGGGUAUAACUCAGUCCAAAUCCAUUGUCGUGCGCUCCGCCGUCACACACAGUUUAUGAGAAAGUCUUUUUUAAGCUUUUGAUUGCUUUCUGAUUUUGUCAGUCUGACGGCUCCUUCCUCAGCCGCUGUGCCGGGAAACUUUAAUCGCAUUUCUCCCAACAAGUGAAAUCAUCUACAGUUUAGUGUCUUAUUGUGCUGUUGAGGGAUUAUUGGGAAUCUGAACAGAUUGAAGAGGCGCUGACCUACUAUACUUGCUCUGGCAGAUUGAUGGUGUAUCUCAAAGAAGAGCUUACUUAAAAAAAAAAAAAAGAGUGAGUGACUUGGCUGGUUGAGAGACUGACUGACUGACUGACUGACUGACUGACUGACUGACUGGCCGCUUUGUUGACUCGAUAAAUGAAUUCCUGAGAGUUGAGUUUGAGGCUGAGAGACUGUCUGGAGGGGAAACUAAAGCAGCUUUGACCGUUUCCUGUCGUCUGACACCGACAGAGAAAAUAUAUACAUGACCCAGACGUGUGACACAGUUUCUAAAGCGGCAGAUCACGCGACGGAGAGCGUCACAGGAACAUAAAGAAGCAGAGGAGUGAAAGCUGCUCUCUCUCUCUCUUUUUCAAAUGGGCAACCGAAUCGUUGGAAAUGUUCGUCACAGAAAUGUGUUUAUUUCUGAUUCUUCAGGAACACUUCUCAGAUGUCGGUGCACCUGUAAGUUCGGCUUUAACCGUGUUUAGGGGCAAAGAGGUUGAUGAAAUUCUUGCAGUGCAAAGACGACGAGCGUAAACUGGUGGUUCAUGAGCACAGAAGUUGUUGUAUAGUGUUUUAUCAGAAGAUAAAACCCUGAAUCAUCCUGCACCUCUGAUGAAACAGCGGCUCAAAAGGAAGAAAUAACUUCUGAUGGAGCCAAAGUCUUUCUAAAGAACAAGUUUGAUUAUUAGAAGAAGGUUCUCGUCCUAUAAUCAGAUUUAAAAAGUCAUUUGAAGCUUCAUUGUGAAACAUUUACUUACUGACAUCCAGACAGACGACACAGUCACAAUUAUGGGAUGUCUUUCUUGAAGCAUCAUUAUCUAAAUAGCACUGUAGCUAACACGUAGCUCUUCAUGAGCGACGCUUCUCCACUCACUGGAGGAGAUUUCUGAAUCCUGAGAAGACGUCAAAUUUACAACAGGAAACGUGCGAUACGACCUCUGGGGGGGAGGAAUGUAGUUUGACAGAUGUGGACAGGCCUAAACAAAAGAUGCAGUUGAGUUGCAUUGUGGGAAAUGCAGGACUGAGUAGUUUUGGAGUUCGACUAAAAGUCAGGAUCUCUUUUCUAUUUGUCUCUCGAUAAGUUCCUCAACUUUAUGACAGAGACAAAUUAAACCACAGAGUCCUUUUAAACAGAACUCCCUUUAAACCCUGUUUCGAUCAUAGGACGUUGUGUUUGAUGUUUACUUGGAAACCUCUUUAAACCUGAAGUGCACAGACCUCUGUAGUUAGUCGAGAAAACAUUUAACUAAAUCUGAUAUUUCCAGAUUUCUGAGCUUCAUAACUCACAAAGUUAAAUUUUGUUUAUAGGAACUUUGUCGUUGAAUCUGUCCAAAGAUCCAAAAACCCGCUGCACUUGAACCUGAUUAAUAUUUAAUAAGAUUUAGUUCCAAAGACGUUUGUGUUUGUUUCGGCAUAAAAGACGUUUUGUUCAUUAAAUCUCCUGCAUGAACAUUUUUACUUUUACUCAAGAUGGCGCCUGAGUAUUUGAUGAGGUUCGUGUCCCACUAACAGGGAGCUGGACGGUUUUUGUGAGACUGUUUCUGAAACGUAAACAUGUGACAGGUGAAUGUGCAGAAAGCUGCGUUCAUGAUCACAGGUUUUCUGGGCGUUCAUCCAGGUUUGCUUCCUUCACUGACCUCGACCGCGCCGCUGCCGGACCGACGUCGGCAGGUCAGCUAAUGUUGUGGCUGUGAUUUCUAAAAGUGUAAUUUUUCUUCUGCUUUUGAUAUGAAAGAAAAGCUGUGUAAUCUUUCCUCCUGAUGUUUCUAAGCUGCUCUGCUUGGUUUUCCCUGAGCUCGGUCUUACAGGUGUGUUCACUGCUGUAUGUUUCAAAGCCCCUCCCCCUGCAGGCCUCUGUGUGUUGCACAAUAAAAGCAGUUUGUCUCUUAA